AUGGCCCAGCUCCGCGCCGAGGCCUCGUGCCCGCUGUGCCUCGGGCUCUUCCAGGAGCCCGUGUCCAUCCACUGCGGCCACAACUUCUGCCGGGCGUGCAUCGAGCGCUGCUGGCGGAGCUCCCGGGACAGCUUCCCGUGCCCGCGCUGCCGCGAGGCGGCCCCGGAGCGCAGCCUGAGGCCCAACGCGGAGCUGGCCGGCAUCAUCCGCAUCGCGCAGCGCCUCAGCCUCCGCGCGCGAGCCCGGGCUGGGGAGCGGCUCUGCCCGAAGCACGGCGAGGCUCUGAAGCUGUUCUGCGAGGAGGAGCAGAGCCCGGUGUGCCGCGAGUGCCGCCGCUCCCCGGAGCACCGGCUGCACGCCGCCGUGCCCAUCGAGGAAGCGGCGCAGGAGCACAAGGAGAAACUCCAGGCUCACGCGCAGAUCCUCAGGGACCGGAGAGAGAAGAUGCUGGGGCUGAAAGCGGCGGAGGAAGGGAAGAGCUCGGAGCUGCUGGAGCGGGUGGAAUCCGAGCGGCGGCGGCUCCGCUGCCGGGUCCGGGAGCUGCAGCAGCUCCUGGAGGGGCAGGAGCGGCUCCUCCUGGCCCGGCUGGCGCAGCUGGAGCGGGACAUCGCGCGGAGGCGGGAGGAGAGCAUCGGCCGGCUCUCGGAGCGCAUCUCCUCCGUGGCACGGCAGAUCCAGGAGCUGGAGGAAAAGUGCCGGCAGCCGCCCUGGGAGCUCCUGCAGGACAGCAGAGACAUCCUGAGCAGGCUGGAGGAGCAGAGUGCCCCGGAGCCGGUGGAGACCUCAGCAGAGCUGGCAGAGGCACCCACAGGGCUGCCCCAGGAAAAUGUCACCCUCAAGGAGAUGCUGAAGAAAUUCCAAGUCAGCCUGACCUUGGACCCCGACACGGCGCAUCCGCGCCUGGCCCUGUCCGAGGAUGGGAAAUGCGUCCGCUGGGACGACGCCCGCAGAUCCAUCCCCGACCACCCCAAACGCUUCGACUCCUCGCGCUGCGUGCUGGCCCGCGAGGGAUUCACCCGAGGCCGGCACUACUGGGAGGUUCAGGUGCGCCAGGGCUCGGCCUGGGCCCUCGGCGUGGCCAAGGCGUCCGUGGCCAGGAAGGGCCGGGUCAGCGUCAAGCCCGAGCGGGGCAUCUGGGCCGUGGGGCGCUGCGGCAGCCAGUGCCAGGCUCUGGCGUCCCCCAGCGUCCCCAUCGCCCUCCCUGAAGCCCCCGAGGUGGUCGGGGUCUACCUGGACUACGAGGGCGGGCGCGUGGCGUUCCUGGAUGCGCAGAGGGAGGCGCCGAUGUUCGCGUACCCCGCGGCGAGGUUUGGGGGCGAGGAGCUGCUGCCCCUGCUGUGCCUGGGCAGGGGCUGCUGCUUCAGGCUGUGCCCCUGA